AUGUGCAGUGUGCAAUGUGACAAGGUCUUCGAAGCUACUACGUACUACCGUACAGUACCGCCAGCUAAGUUAGUGGUACCAGCCUACCGUACUCGCUCGAAGGAUCCCGAAAUCCUCCUGCAGCUGUCCGUCCGCAGUACCUUCGCUCGUCUCUACUACCGCUACCGCUACCGUACUACAUGCAACAACAAUAUUGGCGGGAUCGUGCACCCAGAGAAAUAUGAGUUUGAAAAACAGCUACCUAUGAUUGAUUCCGUGCCCCUCAGCGUUGCAUUCGUGAAAAUCCCAACCUUCCGCAAUAUCCUCGGACUUUCUAUGCAAGCCGACCUAAGCCGACAUGCUGAAGGCUGUGGGACAGCCUUCUCCCGCAUUCUGAAUACUUGGCCUCAGAAGGAACAAAUCGGCUCUCAUGCUACCGCCAUGUCUAGCAAACGAUCGCGCGCAAACUUCGAAGCAGAUCUCCAGGCGCAGCAGUCCCCAUUCGUCGCCUUCGGCACUCCUCUGCCUCCCCUCGACCGUGACGUUCGAGAUGACGGCUCCUAUGUGCCUGUGUGGAAGCAGGAGGUGAGAGAUGAGAGGGGCGUGAAGCGUCUCCAUGGUGCUUUUACGGGUGGUUUCAGUGCAGGAUAUUUCAAUACCGUAGGAUCCAAGGAAGGAUGGACCCCUUCAACAUUCGUUUCCUCACGCACGAAUCGCAAGAAGGAUGGACCCAAACCUGUGCAGCAGCGGCCCGAGGAUUUCAUGGACGAAGAGGAUAUCGCAGAUGCCGAAGAUGAGAGGAGGGUGCAGACUGCAGAGGGCUUCGCAGGACUUGGGUCUACGCAAGACGAUGCCAAUCGAAGAGGUGCCCUGAUCGAUUUAUUCCGGAUAGAGGGAGAGACGGUGGGGGUGAAGCUGCUGAAGAAGAUGGGCUGGAAAGAGGGACAAGGCGUGGGACCGAAGGUACGACGGAAAGCGCGGCUGGAUAGUGUCGAGCAAUCCCUCGAUGACGCGAGCACGACGCAUCUCUUCGCACCCGAGAACACGCACAUGAUUAGGUUCGUACGGAAGAACGAUCACAAGGGUCUCGGCUUUGAUGGAGAGACCAGGCGGGCUUCCAAGGGCGCAGGGUCAGAGAAAGCCAAGUCGGACGACGAGGAAGAGGAUGGAGGCUUCUUGGCCCCCAAACCCGUGAAGAACAAUAAGACGCCUGUUCGGGGGGGGAUUGGGAUUGGGAUUUUGAAUGACACGGGAUCAGAUGACGAGGAUCCGUAUGAGAUUGGACCUCGGAUAUCUUACAACAAAGUCAUCGGAGGGGACAAAAAGAAGAAGAAGAAGAAGAAGCCGGCGAAAGGGGUUACGAAUCCGCUACUGUCGUCAACACCGGUAUUCAUUUCGAAGAAGACGGCGCUGGCGAAAGCAUCCCUCAAUCGACGGAAAUGUCACGAUGGCCGUUUACCUCUGGAUGGCUUCAUUCUGAGCAGUAGAGACGAGUUCUCAUCCGUCACUCAAGCUGCUGGCGAAUACGCGCCUAAAGUUCCAGAAGGAUGGGUAUCCUCCAAACAAGCGAAAGCCGGCUCUACAAAUGCAUCCUACCUCUCCACAGCAGAGGCAGCCAAAGCCUCGAAACUGGACCCAAGAUCCCGCGCAUCCCUCCUGGGCGAAGCAACACUCCCCGGGAAAUCAGUCUUCGACUUCCUGACUCCAGCCGCGCGAGAACGCUUAGUCUCAGCGUCGGGAAAAUCCGACCUCCCAGCCGCCUUGGGAGAAAUCCCACCGGGGUACAGCAUGACAGACGAAGAGCGGCACAGAGAUGUCCUAGCGCAGAUACCAAAAGUCGACACGUCCACCGCUGCGGCAGCGUUAAGUCGCGGCGCGAGCGGGUUCAUGCCGUACGGCGAAGACGAAGCAAAGCGCAGUCGCUACCGCGCAUAUCUGGAGCACCAAGCCGGCGUCAACCCCGCCAUGCCCGAAAAAGGCCCUGGGGUAUCCAAAGACGACUGGCUCAAAGAACUGAGGGAGUUCGCGAACUGCGCCCAGAUCUUCAAGCCGAUGUCCGGCAUGAUGGCCACGCGCUUCACGUCCUCGACCACGGCGCCGAGACUCGCUUCCGACGCGCCGGACUCGAGUCUGCUGAGUACGCCUGCCCCCAAACCGGUAGAUCCGGCCGAGCAGGCUGCGAAGCUCGGCAUGUACGGGCCCAUGACGAGGAGUACGGCGGACUGGUACCCAUCGCGGCUGCUGUGCAAGCGGUUCAACGUCAAGCCACCUGCGCACGUGCAGCCUGGCGCUACAGAACACGGGGAGGAGAAUGUUGCGGGAAGGAGGACGGCGCCGGAUGUGGUGUCUAAGGAGGCUAUCGAUGAGAUGAUGAGGGAGUCUUAUUCUCAGCGCAAUGAGAGCAGGGGUGGUGGUGGCAGUGGCAGUGGCAGUGGCAGUGGCAGUGGCAGUAGGCAACCUACAGCCGAGAAUGGGACCAGUGAGGUGUCAGUGGAGGAGAAGCCGAAGGAGGUGGUGGUCGACGCUGGGCGGAACGAGGCGCUCGAGGGCCAGCGCGCCGGCGAGGCGGUCUUUCAAGCUAUUUUCGGGGAUGACAGUGAUGAGGAUUAA